CAUCAGAGAAUUCACAAGGUUGAGUGUUCAGUGUGCGGGAAAUAUUUCCUAAAGAAAACUGAUCUUGUUAAUCAUCAGAGAAUUCACACAGGUGAGCGUCCUUAUUCAUGUUCACAGUGCGGGAAAUCUUUCACUAAAAAAGGAGGUCUUGAUAAACACCAGAGAAUUCACAAGGAUGAGCGUCCUUACUCAUGUUCAGAGUGCGGGAAAUCCUUCCUUAAAAAAGGAGGCCUUGAGAAACACCAGAGAAGUCACAAGGAUGAGCGUUCUUAUUCAUGUUUAGAGUGUGGGAAAUAUUUCAUCUAUAACGGAGACCUUAUUAGACAUCGAAGAAUUCACACGGAAGAGCGUCCUUACUCAUGUUCAGAGUGCGGGAAAUCUUUCACUCGCAAUCAAAGCCUUGUUCAACACCAGAGAACUCACACAGGUGAGCGUCCUUAUUCAUGUUCGGAGUGCGGGAAAUCUUUCACAUAUAAAGGAGUCCUUGUUGCACAUCAGAGAAUUCACACGGGUGAGUGUCCUUAUCCGUGUUCAGAGUGCGGGAAAUCUUUUGCUCAAAAAGGAAGCCUUUCACAACACCAGAGAAUUCACACGGGUGAGCGUCCUUAUUCGUGUACGGAGUGCGGGAAAUCUUUCACUCAGAAAGGAGAUCUUGUUGUACAUCAGAGAACACACACCGCACAGCGUCCUCCAUUGACUUCAGAUUGAGAAAAAAGCUUUA